AUGGAGACGAAAAGUAGAACGUCCUCUGCAUUUAGAUACAUCGGCGUGUUUAUUGCCAUUCUUUUGUGCCUGUCUAUAGUUGUUGACAUGAUGUCGUUCAAGAGACUGUCGUUUUUAUAUGAGAAAUCGCCAAAGAGCGAGCUUGUGGAGCUAGAUAGGAGAACUGAUAAAUGA